AGGCGGUGGCGGAAUAGCGCUGGGAAUCUCGGAGUUCGGAACUCGGGGAGAAAAUCGUCCGAGGUUUGGAUAAGAAAGAAACUUGCAGAAAGUUUUGAACAAGUUUCCGAAAGUUUCGAACGAGUUCGGAAAGAGUUGGGAAAAAGUUGUCCAAAGUUGAAGAAAAGUUGUGGGGAAGUUUCGGGCAGCGGCAGCGGGCCCUUUAACGGUGGGCGGGCCGGUGCCGAAUAACGAGAGGAGGGUCUCAGAUCGCCGUCCCGGGCCCGGACACAUACUGUAAACGGACACUCUGACCUUGCCCGGCGCUGCGAUGGUGCUGCGGAGCGGGCUGCUGGAGGUGCGGAGCCCCGAGCCCGAGCGCUGGCGGCGGCUCCUCGCUUCCCUGUCCGAGGAGUCGCUACGCCUGAGCCCGGCCGGAGGGGCGGGUAGCCCCGUGCUCAGCAACGGCGAGCCGGAGCCCGAACCGCCGGGCCCUGAGGCGGAGCCCGGCUCCGGCCGCAAGCGCACGGUGCGCAUCGUGAAGCAGGAGUCGGGCGGCCUGGGCAUUAGCAUCAAGGGCGGCCGCGAGAACCACAUGCCCAUCCUCAUCUCCAAGAUUUUCCAGGGCCUCGCCGCCGAGCACAGCCGCCAGCUCUUCGUAGGCGACGCCAUCCUGUCGGUGAACGGCACCGAUCUGCGGGACGUCACCCAUGACCAGGCCGUGCAGGCGCUGAAGAAAACAGGCAAGGAGGUGGUGUUGGAAGUGAAGUACCUGAAAGAGGUGUCAUCGUACUUCAAGAACGCAUCACCAGGGUCGGUGCUGGGCUGGGACCCCUCCUCCAAUCCCACGAAUGGUUCAGGCUCCCCGCCCCCCCCAGGAUCGCAGCCUGGAGACCCGGAGCAGGAGCAGACCAUCCCCCUGAGAAUGUGUUACAUCCGAAAGAAAACCCAACCGCCCGAUCUGGAGAGCAGGUACCCGUGGUGA